AUGAGUUAUUCGAAUAAGGAGAACAUAGAUGAUACUUAGAUAUUGAUAGAUCAGGAGGAAGUGCUUGAAUUCGUGAAGCAAAUGAAAAUGAUGAAUAAGCAAUUUAUUUCGCAAAUCAAACAGCUGAUUCGAGAAAAAGAGGAAUACAAAUUUUUGAUUUAAGAACUACAAUGCCAAUUACAAAGGAAGAGCGACUAGUUAUAGCAGUAGGAGAUGAUAAUCCAGGAGUGCGAACUAUAGGUAGCAUUUGUAUAGGUUAUUGUAGUUAGAGUCAUGCAGGUCGAAUUAUGAAGAACAAGUUAAUCGGUUAGAAGCAGAGUUGAAAUUAAAUUAAAUGCUUUUCUAAAUAGAAUUGAGUCAGUAGAAAUAGGAGAUCGUUGAUCUGAGUGAUAAAUUGAAAAGCACUCAACAAGGCUACUCAACUACUGUGGCUACUUCAUUUUUAUAAACAUCCUUUAAUUAGAAGUAGGAUAGUCUGUUCAAAGUACGAUUAUUUAAAUAAAUUUAGGACAGUCACACAUUAGAGAGUGUCGGACAGACUGAAGGAGACUAGAGCAUAAUGUCAAAUAAAAACAAAGGAUAGAGGAUGAUGUUGAAGAUAAUGCAAGAUCCCAUAAGUAACAUAAAGAAAUAGAAGGAAUUAAUUAAGCGGGAAAUUACUUAAUGGUAAGAUGAAUUUCUAAAGAAAGAAGGUAGACCACCAUCCUUUAAUGAUAAAUAAUCGAUUAGUACCAAGUUUUAUCAAUAUACUAUUUUGAAGAAACAGUUGAAUGAUCGCAGCACUAUCAUUUAAGAUAGCACAGAUUGCAAGAAUGUUGGACUUCAAUGCAAUUUGAUAGAUGCAUCGUAGAUCAUUUAAAUGCAAGAACUAUUGAGACAGAAAACUUACGAGAUCAGAAGAUUGAGUUUUUAAUUAGAAGACUUGAAGGGGAAGGUGAAGGUCUACUGUAGAGUAAGGCCUUCAAACAGUUCUGAUAAAUUAAAAGGUAUUAAUUGUAAAUACAAAUUAGAUUGUGAAGUCUAAUUCAUAGACGAGUAGCAUAUAUCACUAAAAUAGAAAAUGUUCAAUUUUGACAUCUGCUUUAAUCAAUUGUCUACAUAGAAAGACAUGUAUGAGGAAAUCUAGUAAUCUCUUCAGGCCAUAUUCCAUGGUUAUAAUUUGUGUAUUUUUGCUUAUGGUUAAACUGGGAGUGGUAAGACUUACACUAUGUUUGGAACAAAAUAAUAGCCAGGAGUUAUUCCCAAUUUAAUAGAAGAAAUCUAUGCUUACAUCAAAAGAAGCAAUCUAGAGUGUUCAAUUAUAGUCAAUUCUCUUGAGAUAUACAAGGAGAAUAUUAUCGACUUACUGAAUGACUAAUAAGGUUCUCAGAGUUUGGAACUUAAGGAGAAUCUUAAUGGAUAGGUCUUUGUUCAAAAUCUAACCAAUAUUAAAGUUUAAAAUAUGCACGAACUAAUGAACUUGAUUGAGUUUGCAUCCUCCAGAAGAAAAUAAGGUUUAACAGAAAUGAAUGACUCCAGUUCAAGAUCUCAUAUGUGCACUUAACUUACUGUUGAAACUUUUAAUAAAAUUACUCAAUAAGUAUGUUAUUAUGUUGAUUUUAGAAAUUCAUUAGUAGAGUUAAUUUAAUCGAUUUGGCUGGUUCAGAAAGGUGCAAUAAAUCAAGACUUAAACCAAAUCAAUUGGAAGAAGCUAAAUUCAUCAAUAAAAGUCUCUCUGCUCUUAAUGAUGUGAUGAUUGCUCUAUCAACAAAGAGCAGUUUCAUCCCAUACAGGAAUAGCAAACUCACAUACUUAAUGAGGGAUUGCUUAGGAGGAAAUGUAUUUUUCAUUUAUCAUUGUAGUCAAAAACAAUCAUGAUUAUAAACAUUUCGCCUUCCUUUAUUAACUUGGAUGAGUCAUUAAGUUCAUUGUAAUAUGGGUAGAAAGUUAAAUAAAUAACCAAUUAACCAAUUAAGAAUGUUGAACCAGUGGAAUAAUUAAAAAAAUUAUAAAAAGUAUGUAGUUAGCAUGAUGAAAGUGCGUAAUUAAGAUAAUAAAAGUGA